AUGAAGUACUCAUUAUACUGGGCAACAACCUCCAACUCAUCAUCUCGGUUCAUUUUGAAGUCUUUUAGUGUAAUUCCAAGAGAAGAUCGUGUUUUGAUUACGAAGUUGAUUGUGUUCUCAUUUUCUGUUGCAAUAUCCUUGUACCUCUCGUGUAACGCUGUUUUGGACAGAGGUGUUCCACUGAAGCCCCUGUCCUUGAAUAUUAUCACAUUUGUGUUGGUUCUAUUGCGUAUUAUUAGUCCAAUUGAGAGUUUUAACAGGUUAUCUCUUUCAAUAUUGUCUGUAUCUAGUGUGAUAUAG